AUGAAAAAAACAAACGAAAUAAAUACAAAUGGUGUUAUUUCUGUCAUUCCAAUAUUAUUAUUAUUAUUAUUAUUAUUAUUAUUAUUAUUAUUAUUAUUAUUAUUAUUAUUAUUAUUAUUAUUAUUAUUAUUAUUAUUAUUAUUAUUAUUAUUAUUAUUAUUAUUAUUAUUAUUAUUAUUAUUAUUAUUAUUAUUAUUAUUUUAA